CCUCCGUCCUCCGAAUCUCCGAUCCUCCUGAUAGGCUGGAACAAAAUCUCACUUCCUGCGAGAAACAACGAAGAAUAGACGACGAUGGCGCGAACGGACGGGGCAGCGGCGGCGGCGAUCCGUUGGUCCGCGCUCACCGUCAUUCUCGUUCUCUCCUUUCUGAUCCAGCCUUCGAUCUCCAUUUACUGCGACGAAGACGACUGUUACGAUCUCUUAGGAGUCUCUCAAAAUGCUAAUGCCUCUGAAAUUAAAAAGGCUUACUACAAGCUUUCGCUGAAAUAUCAUCCAGAUAAAAAUCCUGAUCCAGAAUCAAGGAAGCACUUUGUAAAAAUUGCUAAUGCCUAUGAGAUACUGAAAGAUGAAGCCACAAGGGAACAAUAUGAUUAUGCAAUUGCCCACCCAGAGGAGGUAUUCUACAAUACAGCACAAUACUACCGUGCUUACUAUGGUCACAAAACCGAUCCUCGUGCUGUCCUUAUUGGUCUUCUUUUGAUUCUCUCGUCAUUUCAAUAUCUCAAUCAAUGGACAAGGUAUAAGCAGGCUAUUGACAUGGUCAAGAAAACACCAGCGUACAAAAAUAAGCUACGUGCUUUGGAACUUGAACGCAGUGGGGGUGUUACAAGUAAAAAGAAGAGUGCCAAACAGUUGGAUAAGAAAGUGGACGAAGACCUCAGCAAGGAACUUAAUCUGCAGAUAAAGGGUGCUGAAAAACCAUCUAUUUGGGGACUUCUUGGAAUUCGCUUCUUGCUUCUUCCUUACACUAUAGGAAAGCUUCUAUUGUGGCAUGGUUGUUGGUUCUGGAGGUACAACAUCAAACGAGCUCCAUACUCUAGGGAAGAUGCUUCCUACUUAACACGAAGUUCUCUAGGCGUUUCUUUGGAUUCAUGGGAAUACAUUGAUGAAUCGACAAAAGAAGACCUUAUUCAAAGACAACUGUGGGAGAAGUCCAACCUGGAGAGUUACCUGGCAGAGAUGCGAAAAGAAUCAAAACGGCGAAGAUAGCUGACAACUUAACACUGGUAGGAUGAGAAAAGUUUUGAUAGAGUAUUUUCUCACAUUAAAUCGAAGGUCAUUUGCAGAUACUAUUCGUGGAUCAUCAAUUUGGCAUUUAAUUUAAAUCUUCCAUGUGAAAUAUGGAUUGGUAUAGUUACUACGUGUAAUAUGGUUACUUAAUGCAUUCUAUGAUGUAGCAAGCUAGUAUUAUUAUUUGAGAACGAGAGGUGGACAGUAUAAUACACAUAAUAUUUAAACAGAUGAUUUUCUUA